AUGUCAGUCUACAGAGCUCAACAAGAAUCGGAUUCAUCUCUUUUUCAACUUCGCAUUCCACACCUUGAUGUUAUAUUUCUUCUUUUCUGUCUACACCACACACAGCAAGAUGAAGCAAUUCAUGAGCUUGAGCUUGGCUGCUUGUCUGGUCGCUGGUGUUCUUGCCAUCCCAAUACCUGAUGUUGGUUCAGUCUCCACAAUUGAUGGCAAUACCAGUGACUGGAAGCGGGAUAACACUGAUGGCAACACCAGCGAUUGGAAGCGCAGGGACAACACUGUCGACGGCAACACCAGCGACUGGAAGCGUUCCGAUGAAUCUGUUGAUGGCAACACCAGCGAUUGGAAGCGUUCCGAUGAAUCUGUUGAUGGCAACACUAGCGAUUGGAAGCGUUCCGAUGAAUCUGUUGAUGGCAACACCAGCGACUGGAAGCGCAACGAGAACACUGUCCUCUGAAAACUCUUUGACUAGGACCAGCGGACGGCAACGAGAAGUAAAUCCUCGACAACAAAUCCAUUACUCUCGCCCAAAGACAAGUCCACGCAUUGAAAACACCAUACGCAAUCACAUAGUUCAAGACAAACACCACAAACGAAGUAGGCCAAUAUGAUAACGUCCUCUCCAUCAGCGAGAAGCCAAAACGUCAGAGACCGAGUUCUAGUCUAGUCAGUAAAGUUAAAAUGCACAAGAUAAAAUUCCCCAAUUGACUU